GUACGCACCUGCGCCUUUGCCUCCGACUGCACUACUGUAAAUCCAAACAGGAGAGUACAACGUUGUUUUUGCUUUAAUGUGAUAAAGAGACCCACAUAAUCGCGCGACAAGUUCCAUUUAUUUCAGUCAUGUUUUGUCGAAAGCAGCGGUACGGAUCUACAUGUUGACGUUUACCCGACAGGGCUCGCUGACGUUUCGAGAACAUGGCUUCCGGGUGCAGCUUGUCAACUCUGUUUCCUCUUCAAAGUGUGCUCGACUGCGCUUUAAAUGACGCCGCGACGCAAGAGUCGAUGGAAGCUCUCGUCUAUGAAUAUCUCAGAGACAUGGACGAGAGGGAAGACCUCAAGAUGCCCGACUUUGAGACCGGUCUGGAAUGGUUGAACACGGAGGGCCCGCUGUCUUUCGACCGGGAGCUGGCAGGAAAAGUGGUGCUGCUUGACUUCUUUACCUAUUGCUGCAUCAACUGCAUGCACAUUCUGCCGGACCUUCACCAUCUUGAGCAGAAGCACUCAGUCCAAGAUGGACUGGUUAUUGUUGGCGUGCAUUCAGCCAAAUUCCCCAAUGAAAAGGUCCUGGACAACGUCCGCAGCGCCGUGCUGCGCUACGACCUCCGCCACCCGGUGGUGAACGACGGCGAGGCGCUUCUCUGGAACCGGCUGGAGGUCUCCUGCUGGCCCACGCUGGUCCUGGUGGGCCCGCGCGGCAACCUGCUCUUCGCGCUGGUGGGCGAGGGCCACCGCCACAGGUUGAUGCUCUUCGCCGACGUCAGCCUGCGUUACUACGGCGACAAGCGGCUGCUGCGGGCCCACCCGGUGGGCGUCAAGCUCUACCGGGACUCCCUGCCCCCCAGCAUCCUGUCUUUUCCCGGGAAGGUCUGCGCGGACCGCACCGGCGACAGGCUGGCCAUUGCGGACACGGGACAUCACCGCGUUCUGGUGGUGUCCUCGACUCGUCGGCUCUUGCACGUCGUUGGAGGGCCUGAAAGCGGAAGGCGAGAUGGCGCCUUGUCCGAAGCCUCCUUCAACUCCCCUCAGGGCGUGGCCAUGAAGGGCGACGUGGUCUACGUGGCCGACACGGAGAACCACCUCAUCCGAAAGAUCGACCUGUCGGAGGGGCGGGUGAGCACGCUGGCCGGCCUGGGCGUCCAAGGCACGGACAAAGAUGGCGGCGGCGUGGGAGAUCGGCAGCCAAUCAGCUCUCCCUGGGACCUCGUGCUCGGCUCGGCCGGUGGCGCGGAGGACAACGUGCUGUGGGUGGCCAUGGCGGGGACCCACCAGAUUUGGGCCUUGUUUCUUGCCGAUGGGAAACUGCCCAGAGGAAGCGAGUCCAAGGCGGGGACGUGCGUGCGAUGGGCCGGCAGCGGCAGCGAGGAGAACCGCAACAACGCCUACCCGCACAAGGCCGGUUUCGCCCAGCCCUCGGGCUUGGCCGCCGCCCCCGAGGAGCCGUGGAGCUGCCUUUUCGUGGCCGACAGCGAGAGCAGCACCGUGCGCACGCUGGCCCUCAAAGACGGCGCCGUCAAGCCGCUGGUCGGCGGCGGGAGAGACCCCACGAACCUCUUUGCUUUCGGGGACGUGGACGGGAAGGGCUUGGAGGCCAAACUGCAGCAUCCGCUCGGCGUGGCCUGGUCCCCGCAGCGCAACUUGCUCUACGUGGCCGACUCCUACAAUCACAAGAUUAAAGUGGUGGACCCCCAGACCAAGCAGUGCAGUACUCUGGCCGGCACGGGAGAAGCAGGCGACGCCACGGGCCCCGAUUUUGUCACCUGUCGCUUCAACGAGCCCGGCGGAAUCUGCGUGGGCGCCGGUGGGCAGCUCCUCUAUGUCGCCGACACCAACAACCACCGAGUCAAAAUACUGGACCUGCGCUCCAAGACCGUCUCGCCGUUCGUGAUUUCCUCCGACUGUCCGGACACGGCACCCGCCAAAGCCGAGCCUCCCGCCGCCACCCCCAAGAUGCCUCGAGGAGCCGUCAGGAUAGACAUGCCGCCGGUGUCGGUGUGUGUCGGACAGACCGUGGUCAUGUCGCUCGCGCUGUCGCUUCCCAAAGGUGCCAAACUCACCGACGAGGCGCCCAGCUGCUGGGCCCUCUCCGCCGAAGGUGACGAGUGGCUCCUCGGCGCUCAGGCGGUCACCGGCGCCAUCGCGGAUCUGUCAAAGCCGCUACGCGUCGCCACCAAGCUUCCGGAGGCUCCGAAGCAACUGCGCGCGGGCCUCACGCUGAGCGUCUGGCUGUACUUCUGUACGGCGGAGGGCGGGGCCUGCACCAUGAGAGCGGCGGCCUUCUACCAGCCUCUUCAGAUCAGUGACAUUCACGGAACAGGCGAGGUCACCGUGACACUGACACAUUCCCUUUAAAAAAAAUAAAUAAAAGAAUUUGUGGAAAGCCAUCAAUGAAAUAUGCAAGUGGGAAAGAACUAACUCACUAAAAUACUGUUCAUGUCGGCCAGCUGAUGAAUGAGUCCAAGGUGCUUUCUGAUGGCGUUGGUCCAUUUGGUAAAAGUGGGUGGGAUGCCUCUAAACCUGAUUUUCAUGAGCCUCGGAGAGCACUCUAAAAGCACUCCGUUACAUCACAGCCGUAAUGGACGUUUAUUGUUACAAAUCAAAGCGCAAACUCUCCUUGAACAAGAGCUGCAGCUUGAAAUAUGAACGCUUUAUAUAUGCAAGCAUUAAGUGGAAUGAGGAGUGACAUGAUGUCAAAAGUGGAGGAGGAAAAAAGACUUGGGAAAUCAUGUCUCUGCCACCCGCGUUUCCAAGAAAUAGACUGGCACCUCUUCUGAGUUAGCAUCACAGCUAACCUGUAUUUGCGUGUUUACGCUACCUUGGCCCUAAAGUGCCUUGAAAAACAGCUGGCAAUAAUCUUUGUAAAUGUAAUAAGAAUGUUCUCUCUUGCUCAAAACACGAUGUUUUUUUUUGGGGGGGGGUGUUUGGGUUUCUUGUGUUAUAUUGGCUCCUUUGUCAAGAAGUCUCAACAUCUCAAUACUGCACUUUAAAGACGGAACAGAAAGAAUAAAUAAAGUGUUUUUUUAUCCAAGAA